UUUUAUCUCUACUCGUCUCUUGGUUUUGGGAAUAUCUAUUCCUCUGUCAGUCUAUCAAUUUUUUUUCUUCUCUCCAUCGAUCUCUCAGACUGCUUUAUCUCUCUCUCCCUCCCUCUCUCUCUCUCUCGCCCUCCUCUUUAUCUGUACUCAUCCUCCGCCCCUCUCUAUAUUCAAUUCACUCUUCCUCCUCCCCAUUCGCCCCCCUCUCUAAAUACCUCUUAUAUCAGAAUCUACCCCCCUCCCUCUCUCAUUGUCUGUCCCCCUCUAUAUUCCCUGUACUCUCUCCCUCCUCUAUAUUCGCAACUGUUGGAUUCCAUAUACACACCCCCUUUCUCUGUCUCCGUCUCUCUGUAUACAUACAUAUAUAUAUAUAAUAUAUAUAUAUACGUAUAUAUCCAUAUAUAUUUUAUAAAUACUCUCUCUCUCGCGCGCACAUUCCAUAGCCGUGACAAUUAAGAAUAAUUACAACGUUUCUUCCUCCGUUAAUGUCGUUCCUCGUUGGGCAAAAGCCAUGAACAUAGACAAAGACCAGAACCAAAAUCCCGAUUCCACUCGGAAUAUCCAGGGUAGCGGAGAUACUCCCAAAUUCGAUGUGUCCAUUUGGCCCGAGAAAAUCCCAGGAAAUCUUCAUUACACAAGUGAUUAUGUCCAGAAUAAACUGCUCGGUAAAGUUAAACCUUCCACAUCACAUCGACAAGUACGGUUGAAGGAUUUUAAGGUGGGCAUCCGAAGGAACCCUAAAGAUGAAAGGAAAAUGAUGUCAGCCGCUAAUAAGAAUGAUUAUCCAUCAGUCCUGAAGUUUCUGGAGAGUGGAAUUGAUGCUAGGUCUGCAGAUGAAAAGAAACGGACAGCUUUGCAUUUCGCAGCAGCUCAAGGAAAUGUCCUCAUUGCUCAGAUGUUAAUUGAACGAGGAGCGGAUCCAAACCAGAUUGAUAUUUUGAAUAACACACCUCUGCACUUAGCUGUCUGUACUAACAACAUCGCCAUGGUUACUUUGUUAUUAAAGGCGGGGACCAAUGCUAAGGCAAUCCAGCAGUGUGGUCGGAGACUGCUGCUUCUGGCCAAGUCCACAUUAUGCACAAUACCAAAAAAUACAGAUUUUAAUUGUGAAAAGCACAAGCAAGACGCCUUACAGCUGACGGAGAUGUUACUUCAGUAUCUAUGUCGGACCGGCUGGGAAUCGGACGUGAAGCAGUUGGAAUACCUGCGCAACCUCCUCCACAAACCUUCCUGCAAUGACCUCGACAAUGUCAGCGAGCUCCUCAGUGAGUUCACCAGAAUGGCCAUUGACCGGCCGAUCACAUGAGGCAGUGGACCAAAGCGGCAAAGAAGAAUUUUCAUCACUCGAUGCUACAUCACACAUACACACAAGCAUCUAUGUAUACGUCAUCAUCAUCAUCAUCAUCGUCAUCAUCAUUGUUUAACAUCACCUCUUCCAUGCUUAUAUAUAUAUAUAUAUAUGUGUGUGUGUGUGUAUAUAUAUAUGUAUAUAUAUUGUUGAUACGGUUAUAAUCCUAGCUGUGUCCUCUUGAAGCACAUCUGCUUAUUCACUACUCCAAACUUGUAUGUAGAUGUUGUAUUUGUGUCAGGAAUGCAUAAAAGUUGAGAAAUACUGAGAAAUAUCUUUUACAGAGAAAUUACACAUCGAAACAGGAGAUUGGAAAGAAAAAUUUUUUUCAAAUAAUACCAAAGCGUCUCUCUGAUCCCCUGUUUUGAUAUCUUCAUGUCUAGUUUAGUGUUCUGUUAAGGUAAGAUCAACAAAAUAAGUAUUCCAUUUAGUGAGAGAUAUAUGGUAUGUAGACAGAUACAAGCUACUACGUUUCUUGCUUGGAGACACAAGGCAUGUUAUAAAAACCUGCCUAGACACAGGUCUCCAAGGCAAGAAACUCAGUAGCUGGUAUCUAUAUAUUGUGUACAUUAAAUGAUAAAUAUACCUACAUUCAUAUAUAUAUAAGCAAAAUAGCAAGUUAUAAAUAUAUGUAGCAAGUUGUAAUAUAUAUAUAUAUAUAUAUAUAUACACAUACACAUACAUACAUAUAUAUAUAUGAAUUCAUGUACCCAUUGGCACAAGCAUAUAACAUAAACACACUAAAGACAGUUUUUACCUGUUGUGAGUGUGGGAUGUCACCAAACAGCUGAAAAAGUCAUAUACACUGGUUAUUGUCAGUGGUUGCUGUUUACACACACAACACACACACAUACACACACACACUGUACAUAAGAGAAUAUGGUGUGAGUAGAUUUGCAUAUAAUUUUCACACCUGUAUCUAUGACAGCUGCAUAAAAAUUAAUUUUUUGUAAUACUUUUUCCCAUGUAAAUCACUUCGUCGGAAGCAUUACAAGACACUUUAUCUGAAAAUGCCUCUGACAAUGUUAAUUGUAUGGUAUGAAAAUUCAGUAACAUCGAUUGUGUGUUAUCAGGAUAUAUAAUUGUCACUGAUAUGUGUAAUUAAUGGAUGAUGAUGCAUGAUCCGUUAAUUAUAUAAUUAAGAAAUAUUUGUAAUAUAGUUUUGUGUGUGGAAUGUUAGUUAUAAAAUUAGGGCAACAAAAAAAUAUUUAGAUCAACAUUCCAUCUACCAUCUUUGAAAAGAAGAUCCAAAACAGUUCUUGUCUCUUUGUAAAUGGUUUUAUGCACACACACACACACACACGUUCUUAAGCAUAAAAAUAUUCAAUGUAUUGAUUGUAUGUUUGUGUGUGUGUGUGUAUAUAUAUAUAUGUGCAUAUGAUUAUAUGCAAUCCAU